AUGAGCAAUACAAAGUCCCAGAUACUGACCGAGAUCCUGAACCGCGAACCACCCAUCAAGGAGCUUGUAUCUAGUUUUAUAACAACAAAGGGAGCAUACAAUCGAAAUCACAGCGUCAUCCCCCAGAUAAAUGGUGCAAGGCAUUUUAUCACUAUCGACGGCGAGGUCGAUGCUCCAUUUGCCAUCUCCGUAUCACAACUCAGAAACGAAUUCCCUCAACAUGAAGUCCUAAAGGAGGUUCACGGCGUCGACUGGGCCGACGGAGCCAUGAUGAAUUGCAAGUGGAAGGGCCCGCGCCUGAGAGACAUUUUGACGAGAGCCCAACUCAAGGAUAAAAACCCGGAAGAAAGCAUGUUAAACGUUGCUUUUGCCUGUUUUCAAGCACCGUGCCAGGACGACGAUUAUUAUGGUGUGAGCAUCGAACUAUGGAGAGCUAUGCAGAUGGAUCAAGAAGUUAUCUUGGCACUUGAGAUGAACGAUAAACCUCUACUACCAGAGUAUGGCUUCCCGGUUCGGGUAGUUGUACCUGGAGUUGCUGGCGCACGCUGGGUGAAAUGGCUCGAUCGAAUUACCGUUCAGGCCGAGGAGUCGCCCAAUUUUUACCAACAACACGAUUACAGAGUCCUCCCCGUAGAGGCAAGUACAUGGGAAAUCGCAGAAAAGUACUGGAGCACCGUACCGUCAAUCCAGGCUAUGCCAGUGAACUCCGUCGUCGCUGUCCCAGAUGAUGGAGACACCGUUAAGCUAUCUUCGGACGGCUGCUUGGAAGUUAAGGGCUACGCCGUCCCUGCAGGCAGCCAAGGACCAGUUGUCCGCGUUGAAGUCUCAACGGAUGGCGGGAAAACCUGGGUCGAUGCCGAGAUCCAAGAUAAUAAACCACAGUCCAAGUGGAGCUGGACUCUCUGGAAGGUUCAAGUCAAAGCCGAACGGGGCGAGGAUAUGACUAUAUAUUCUCGUGCCACCGACGGAGGCGGAAACACUCAACCGGAAUUCUCUCAGUGGAAUAUUCGUGGAGUGGUUUACAACGGCUACGGGGCAUCUUGGAACGUUAAUAUUGUUUAA